AAACCCUCUUCUUCUUCUUCUUCUUCUUCUUCUUUUUUUCGAGGCGGUUUCUUCUCGCUUCGUGUUGGAUCGCUCGAAGCGUCGCCGCUCGAUCGCACCCCCCUUUUCACAAGGAGAUCAUCGUCCAUGGCGCCCGUCGCCCCCGCAGCGGAACAAGCUUCAAAUUUAUUACAGAAACUGUCUUUGGAUCCUCAGCAGAAGUUCAAAGGUGCUGUUGAGGCUACCAAACAGGUUUCUUCAGUCCAAAAUGGUUCAAGUAAUACUGAUGCCUCAAACAUGCCGAUUACUUCAGAACAUUCAUUGACACCUGUUCUCUCUGAAUUCGUGGAUUCUGGUAACUACUAUGUGCCUGCUGGUUAUGUGCAUCCUGCUUAUUUCUAUGGAGGCUAUGACCAUGCUAUCAAUGACUGGAAAGAUUACCCCAGAUAUGUAUAUCAAGAUGUUGGGCAGGGAUUCUAUGGUGACUUGCAUCGAGGAUAUGGAUAUGCUCGUUACAAUGCUUAUCCUUCUGAUGGGUCAGCAGCUCUAACAACGGGGCAUGAUGGCCAACUUUAUGGCAAGCGACGGCAUCAAUAUCAAGUUCCCAUUUUUGAGUCACACACUCCAACUAGUUCAACUGACCAAGGAGAAACUUCUACUGCUUGUUCUGUUGAUCAGACCUCAAUCUCUUUGGAUGCACCUAAGAACCCCAGUGGAGUUACAAAUGGAAAUACUAAUAAUGGGAGGUCAAGCCACCAAAAUUUGUCAAAUGCUUCACGAUGUAAUGGAGGUUAUCAGGACCUUUGUUAUAGGUUUGAUGGAAUGUGGUCGUCUGUAGCAUGGUAUGCCAAUGGGCAUCCCAGGCCAGCUACAGCCAGACCUCUCUCAACUAGUACAGGGCACAAUACUAAUAACUGGUCUGCAAGAAAUCAGUGCCAACAACCUACUGCCCGCGGCAUGGAAAUGAAUGCCCAUAGAUCAGCAUCUGGAAUAUUUCCAAGUGCACCUCUUGUUAGCAGAAUGCAUCAAACAAAUCAUAUAUGUGGAUCGAGGAACAAAUUUGGAUACGGACAAGGGCGUAUACUGAUGGACAAGAAGCAUGAUGCUAGGAACCAAAGAAAUGCCUUCAGUGAUGCAAGCCAACGGGGAUUCAAUGAGCUAAACAGAGGUCCAAGAGCCAGUCACUACAAUAAUCAAAAGACUGGUCAGUCUACUAUGGUUAAGUUGGGGAAGAGUCAAACUAGAGUGCCUCUGGACACAGAACAAUACAAUCGACAAGACUUUUCUGAUAAAUACUCCAGUGCAAAAUUCUUUAUCAUAAAAUCAUACAGCGAGGAUGAUGUUCACAAAAGUAUCAAAUACAACGUGUGGGCCAGCACCCUCAAUGGAAAUAAGAAGUUGAAUGCGGGAUAUCUGGAAGCUCAGGAAGGAGCUGACGAUUGUCCCGUCUUUUUAUUUUUUUCCGUAAAUGCGAGCGGGCAAUUUGUUGGUGUUGCAGAGAUGGUUGGCCCCGUCAAUUUUAACAAGACUGUUGACUAUUGGCAACAUGAUAAAUGGAUCGGGUGCUUCCCUCUGAAAUGGCAUAUUAUUAAGGAUGUUCCAAAUAGCAUUAUGAAGCAUAUCACUCUUGAGAACAAUGAGAACAAACCAGUUACCAACAGCCGAGACACCCAGGAGGUGAAGCUAGAACAGGGUCUCCAGAUGCUCAAGAUCUUCAAGGAACACACAAACAACACAUGUAUUCUUGAUGAUUUUGACUUUUAUGAAGAUUGUCAGAAUUCUUUGCUAGAUAAAAGGGCAAACCAACACUUUCAGAAGCAGGUCUGGGAUGUGAAGACUAGCCAUCCACCCUCGAAGGGUGCAAGAGAAGUUGACAAUGUGCUGGGAUUGUAAACAACUUCUGUUCUGAAAAAAGGAAGCAGUAUUAAAGGAACAUCCUGUGGCUGUGGAUGCUGGUGAUGCGCCGAAGACUGAAGCUUGCAUUUGAUGAUUAUUCUCUCUUUGCUGCUGUAAUGAGCUUCGAUUAUCAGUGCAGUCUCACUCAGGUGUUAUUGGUUAUGAUGGAUGAUCGCAACUUAAAUCCCGAUAAGACUGCAGUUGAUUCGGAAGCGUGAGGGGAUUUUUACCAAUGGAAGCCAGUAAGUUGGUAUGGCUCCAACAGCCUGCUCCAUUGCCGAUCUUUUUUCUUCUUUCUGCCCGUAGGUUGAUGCUUUGGUGCUGAUUUGCAGAGGCAAUACAACUUCAAGUUCUUUGCUGUCGUAGAUAGGGCUUUUUUCCUUAUUUUUUUUCUUUUUCUUCUUACAUUUUGCUCUUCUUUUGUUUUGGAGCAGAAACAGAUUAUGAACUAGUGUCGAACUACGGAUCAAUCAGUGAUGACUGAUGUAUGGAACACCGAAGGGCAUCUUUGAACUUCUACAAAAUUA